AUGGCAAGGAGUGGUACAUUGGAAAGUUAUGAAUAUGCAAGCAUCAUCACCAUGUCUGCACGGAUGGUGCCCCAGACAUUUCCUGGGCUGGGCUCGUCAAGCUGGGUACUUGAGAUGCGCAUCGCAACCUCGAUGGGACAGGGGUGUAGACCCUUCCCGGCCACCGUCGGCAAGCCGUCAAAAAUUCCAAGUCAGCAAUUGCACACGAGCAUGCAGGCGGCAUCAGAAACAUGUGUUGAUCCUGAGCGGGAAGUCCUGGUGUCAGGCUUGUCAGCAUGCACUAAUCCAAGGGGCCAGCCGGGGUCAUCGUUCCCCCUCCCCCAAGAGGGGCCCCGCGCUCAUCCCCAGCAGGACCUGCACCGCGGCAUCAUACACGGGUCUGAAGGCGUGCUCCCGGUCCUUGCUACACGGGUCCCCGCAGUUGGUGCUCAUGGUGUUGAGGUCCAGCAGGCGCCAGGACCGCAGCGUCCGGCUCAUCAGCACCUCGUUGUACCGCAGCCCCAAGGGCUUGAUGACCGCCCACUCAUCCGUGGUGAGGCGAUCCUGGACGCUGUGGGGGCAGCUGACCACGAUGGGUCGAAGGCCGUCGGCCGCGAGGAUCUGCAGGGAGCACGGGGGGGAGGGGGUGGGGUGGGGUUACUCACCAGGAGGCUCACCAAUGAUGACUGGUGUGGGGUGGCAUCGACGCGGUACAGCCCCCAUGUUCCUCCCACAUGGGAAGCAUCGUCCACGGGGGGGCUUGCCACAGCCCAACGAGGAGCUUGA